AAUAUGGAGAAACUUAGUAAAAAUGCCAAAAUUGGAAUUGGUGUAGCAGCCACAGUUGUUGCCAUUGGAGGUUAUUGGUACCUAUCCUCAAAGAGAGCAUCUGAGCCAGUCACACAUGUUGGAGAUGACAAACAGGCUGAACAGGAGCCUGAAGGAUACCAAGACCCUGGAUACGAAGAUGCUGUCUGCCUGUACAGAGAAGAAGCCAUUAAGAGAAAGAAAUUAGUUGAUAACGUUCACUACAAUAACAAGCUUGUCCUCCUCAAAGGAAAGGAGUAUCACGGAAAAUCAACAGUGGUAUUUACUCUCAAGAACAAGGACUAUCAAGAUGGAGAAGUUUUUAUUGAUUUCCAGUGUAAAAUCAUUAAGACUUUGGCAAUCAAUGGGAAAGCUGUUGAAGUAAAAGACCACUUCCUCAACCAAAGAAUCAACUUCAACUCUGGUGUUCUUCAAGAAGGUGAGAACACUAUUGAGCUGACUUUCUUGAACAACUACAGAAAGACAGGAACAGGACUUCAUAAGUUUGUGGAUCCUGCAGACGAUGGAGAAUAUCUUUACACUCAGUUCGAACCAUUUGACGCUCACAGAGCCAUCCCAUGCUUUGACCAGCCAGAUAUUAAGGCCACCAUGACUCUGGCAUUGAUAGCACCUGAAGAGCAUGUUUCUCUGAGUAACUCACACGAAGAUGCCGAUUUCACUAACACUGAGAAGCCUGAAGAAAGCUCUCAAUUCAUUGAAGAAAAUGGAUUUAGACAGGCAAUUCAGGGAAUUGGAAACUACAGAAUCACCAAGUUCAGCAAGACUCCAAAGAUCUCUGCAUAUCUGUUCGCCAUCAUCUCUGGGCCUUACGAUGUUGUUGAGAAGCAAGGAAAUGCACCUGGCAAAGAUGAGCCACUCAGGAUGAGGUUCUUAUGUAGAAAAUCAUUGGUUGAGUACAUUAGUCAAGCCUACGACCACAUGCACGAAGCCGUAGUCACUGGAAUUGAGUGGUACACAGAGUUCUUCGGAACACCAUUCCCAUGGAGUAAGUACGAUCAGAUCUUCUGUCCUGAAUUCAGAUUUGGAGCAAUGGAGAAUGUGGGUGCAGUUACAUUUUCAGAAGCUUACAUACCAACAGGAAAGUUGGGAACACUUCAUUUGACAAGACUCACCAACACUACUCUUCAUGAAUUAUGCCAUCAAUGGUUUGGAAACUUAGCUACUAUGACAUGGUGGGAUGACUUGUGGCUUAAUGAAGCUUUUGCUACCUAUAUGGCAUAUCACUGUACUAGCGAAAAUGAGAUUCUGGCUAAAAAGACACCAGGAUUCUGGGUAGCUUUAAAUAUGAGAAAACAAGCUGCUCUCAACUCAGAUAGUCUUUCCACUACACAUCCUAUUGUCAAGGAUGCUGUUACCACAGACUCUGCUGAUGAUAUGGUUAAUGCUAUUACUUAUGGUAAAGGAUCAAGCUUCAUUAAGCAACUUAUUCACAUGAUUGGAAGGGAAGCUAUGAGCAAAGGAUGCACUAAAUACUUCAAAAAUCAUGCUUACUCUAACACUAACAUCGAUGAUUUCCUGGAUGCUCUUUCUUAUGGAUGUGCAACUGCUGAUGUAGAACUAGAAGUGAACCUUAGAAAAUACUGCAUUGACUUCUUGACCCACCAAGGUGUCAAUAAAGUUGAUACUAAAAUUGAGGAUAUUGAGGGAGGAAUCAAGAUCACCUUCACAAAAUCCAACAUGAAGUACUCUCAAUACAUCAAUGCUCAGAAGAUGGAUUAUUAUCUUUUUGAUGAGGAGUAUAACUGUGAGCUUCAUUCUAUUGUAUUGACUGACGAUUCUGAACCCCAGACUGUUGAAAUCAAGGGAAGGACUAGUAAGAAUACCUUCAUUCUUCCAAAUGCUGGAGAUCAUGCCUAUAUUCUAUCUUCAGUAUCAGAUAGAUUCAUUGAUCAUUUCAAAGAAGAGGGGAUCCAAAAAGUCCCAAGCAAUCUUGAUAGGACUGUUAUCUGGAGAACCUUAAUUGCAAUGGUUAAGAACAAGAAGCUGAAAUCAACAGAGUUCUUUGAUAUUGUAGCAAAGAAUAUCUUCAAAGAGUCUGACCUGAUCCUUCUCAGUACUCUCUUGACAACAGUUAAGCCAUUUAUCUCCUUGUAUAUUCCUAAAAAUAUGUAUGGAGAUCUUGUCAAGAAAAUGUUCGAGGGAGCUAAAAAUCUGUACGAGUCACUUCCAGAAAGCCAAAAGGAGCUUAAGAAUCUUGUGAAGAAUCAUAUCUUUUCGUAUCUUCACGACAAAGACCACAUCAAGGCUGCAGCUUCUUGGUAUUCUGAAGGAACCAUUGAAUUAGAAGAUGAAGACAAAAAGGCAAUCAUUUUGGCUGCUAUCAGAUCCCAAUACCUUGAAGAAUCCCAGACUAAGGAUCUUCUUGAGAAAUAUCUCCAAGACAACCAGACUGAUAGAGGCGAGAGGUUCAAGAUCACUGCUGAUGCUGCUGUGCCAACCAAAGAGAACAAAGAAAGAGUUUGGAACAUCAUAAUUAACCCAAGAGAAAAUGAAUUAUCUUCUUGGGAAUAUAGAGCUUAUAUCUCUGGGUUCUAUAGCAGGUUCCAAAAAGAUCUGUUGAAAGACUAUCCAUCAAAAUACCUUGAAGCUUUGCCGAAGCUUGUCCAGAUUGGAGAGAAAGAUCUUAUGACAAUCUUCACUAGCGGUGCAUUCCCUCCGUCCUAUCUGAUAGACCAGGACUUCCUUGAUAAGGUAAACAAGAUCGUCACUGACUUCGAGAAGAAAGAUAAGGUCAAAUAUGAUUCCUUCAUCAAAUUAGCUAGGGGUAUCAUCGAAUCAAAGCAAGGCCAAGCCAGGAUUGAAGAGUUUGCAAGAAUCAAAGAUAGCGAAGAAGAGGAGAAGGAAGAACCAGAAGAAGAGCCAGAGAUUCCAGAAGAAGAACUUGAUGAAAGCGAAAUCACAGAAAUUAAUAUUGAAGGAGUCAUUAAUAAUGUCAGAUGUUCUAGAGAAGAAGCUGUCCAAGCUCUCAGAGUUAACAGAAAUGAUGUGACUAAGGCUGUAAGCCACCUCAACAAGAAGUAAGAGGUUUUGUA